UGUUCCAUUUAUUUAUAGAAAACUGGCAUCAUUGAGCUUGUGGACAACGAUGAUGACAAUGAGCCGAAUCAAAAGAAGUCUAAAUCUGUUUACCCAAUACGAAAUUCCUUUGAAAGAGCAGUAUCAUUUUCUGAUAACAGCACCAAAGGGAAGGAAAUUUCAAAUGCGUUAAUGUAUAUGAUAGUUGUGGACGACAUGCCACUUUGUACACCUGAAAAAAGGGGUUUUUUAAAGUUCUGCAAAACGUUGCAACCUACAUAUAUAUAAAGUGCCUACUGAAAAAACAAUGACGUCAAAAAUUUAAACAAAAUAUAGUGCAAUCCGAUUAAAGGUCAAAAACGAACUCAGUCAGGCGAAAUCUGUAUGACUGACAUCGGUCAUAUGGACAAACUCUUCGACUAUGCAAAGUUAUGUUGGAGUAACUAUACACUUCGUUAAAGAAAACGAUAUGGUUUGUGUGGAGCUUGGGGCUUUUCCAGCUAAUUUUAAAAAAGACAUAGCAAACCUUAAGGAAAAACUUCGUGAAAUAGUUAAUAACUGGGGCAUCAGCGAUGAUCAGAUAAUACCAUUUGUCACUGACGGAGGAUCCAAUAUCAAAGGCGCAGUGAAACAAGAAUUUGGAGAGUCGAAGCACGUCACCUGUUUUGGUCACACUAUCAAUAACAUUGGUCAAGCGAUCAUUCAAAAUAACAAUGACGAUGCUAUCGACGAUGAUGAAAACGAAACGGAAGGAGGCACGCUAAAGGAUCUUUUAAAAAAGGUAAAGAAAAUAGUAAAGUUUUUUCGAACGAGCGAGGUGGCUGCGAAAAAGUUGAGAGAUUACCAAAAAAGCAACGGUCAGUCAAACUUAAAGCUGAUUCAAGAAGUGAGAGCAAGGUGGAACUCUUAUUUUGAAAUGCUGGAACGUUUUAUGACAUUGUCUACAUGUAUUGCACAAGUAAUUCUUCAGCUACAAAUGGAUAAGAACACGAGGGCCCGCACGCCUAAUAUGGUCACUGCUGAAGAAGUGGACGCUCUUAAAGAAGUAACGGAUAUUCUUAAGCCUUUGCAUGAAAUUACAAGUGAACUCUGCGUUAAAAAAAAUGUAAACAUAAGCAAGUGCAUUCCAUUGGUUGCAGGAUUAAAAAAGGCAACAAUGAUCAUCGAACCGACUACAGCAAUAGGCAAAAUAGCAAAAGACGUCCUGUUGACCGAGGUCCAAAAACGUUACGCAAAUUUGGAGGCGGUGAUUAUUUACGGUGUGGCAACAAUACUUGAUCCAAGGUACAAGAAGGCAGCCUUCGAAAACUCAAUCUACUGUUCGCGGGCUGCUGCUUUUAUUGGUAACUUAUUAAUAACCAGCCAAACCCAAAGUAAUGAAUCUGUGGAAAGUAUCGCUGAGCUUCAAACAUCGGACGAAGAAGGCAUAUGGUCAUAUUUAGAUCAAAACAUUAGCAACAGUCAAUGCAAUAGACGUAACGUUUCGGAAAUAAAUUCGGACCAGCUGCGAGCUUAUUUAAUCAGGCCAGCUGUUUCUCGAAAAUUAAACAAAAACCCUUUAACAACUUGGCAGGCGUUGAAAAAUGAUUUUCCUUUGCUUUUUCCAAUUGCCCAAAAAUAUUUGUCAGUUAUGGCAAUGUCAGUCCCAUGUGAGCGACUAUUUUCACAUGCUGGACUUAUAGCAACCCAGUUGAGGAACCGUCUCUCACCCGAACAUUUAAAUAUGUUAGUAUUUUUGCGGUCAAUUGAGGAAGAAAUGUGGGACAUAUGAGGCUAUUAGCGCAAGACUUGGUCUUGGUCUGUACAACCACUCUUACAGUGGCCGUAAAAAUAAUAGCACUUUAAUAUUUGGACAUGUUUUGACUUAAUUUUAAAAUAUUAUAUAUGUAAAAUUCAACAAAAUUUCCAAAUAAAAAAAGAAGUUGGG